AUGUCGGAAAGCUUCUCCUGGACGAAGAACGCCGUUUGGGCAGCGAGCACCCUGCGAGCCCGUGCUGCGGCGAUCACAGGGCUGCCGCUUGUGCCAAGGGCCGGAGAGGCAUGGGAGGUCGACUUGGAAGCAGCCGUCUGGAAGUGCCGUGCGCAAAAUGUCGCAGAAGUUGACCUCGAAGCGGGAUUACCCUGGCGCGGCCGCCCGGUCGUCUCCCAUGUCUCCGCCGGCAGCAUGCGACGUACGCCCACACCCCGGCGAGCCAGGGGGAAAAGCCAGCCUAAGUCGAGGCCUGCGAAUCGCCAAAGAGCGCAGACUCCCCGAAGAAGCAGCACCCCAGCGAAGAACAAGGCUGGGGCAGAGGCCCCAGCCGCGGCCCCGACCGUGCCCGAAGUCUCCGAAAGAGCCGUGCUGUCGACGGCAACCUCUACCGGCCCUGCCAACCCUGCCCCGAGAACGGGUCGCAGCCCAAGCACUUCCAGCAAAGAAGUGCGAGCGCAGGCGCCGGAAAGCUCCAAAGUAGAAGCGAAAGCUGCGCCUGGCCCGCGCGAGCCUCCUGCACAGGAAGCAGCCGCGGCCUCUCAAGUUUCACCAGACCACAAGCAACAAGUGCGAGGUGUCCGAGAGUUGCCUGAGCUUCCGACUGCAGAUGCACCAAAGCUUGCAAUACCAAAAGCGCCAGAAGUUCCGAAGCCCAAGGCUGCCCCAGCUCGGAAGUAUUCGACCCCACGGCCAGAUCUCAAUAAGGAGCACCAGCAGAGUCCGGUGACCUCCGCACCCAAGGAUCGGCCGGAAGGGGAGCCAAAGAUCGAUGCAGAAUCCAAAGCUCUCCAGUCUCCACAGGCAGCAAAAGCACAGGCUUCCGUGCUUUCAGUGCACACCCGCUCCUUUGAGCCCAUAGCGCCUACUGCAGGAACCGCACCACUCUGCGUGGCGCCACCAGUUUCCGUCACCUUGCGAACUGCAGGGCUUGGCAAGAGCACGCAUGCCGAUGUCCAGAAGAUCACCGUCGCGGCGCCCUCGCCUGCUAAGGCCAAGGCCUUUGCCCGGGAGUCGCAAGGAGACCAUCAUCGUGCACACCAAGCGGAUGGUGUCACCAAAGUUCAGGAGGAGACUCCCAGCAGAGAGGGAUCAUGUGACAGCUGCAAGAGCGAGAAGCUAGCAGUUCCCACCAAGAACAAGGAACGGCUAGGCAUGCUGCAAUGCGGCGGCUGCAAGAGGGCGCCUGUCAGAUCUUCAUGGCGGGAAGGGUUAGGAGGUGCAGUGGCUGUGCCAACGUUGCCCACCAGCUGGGCAACUGACCUGCCUGAUUCGGGCAUCGAAGCAGGUGCAAUAGCCGACUGGAUGGAGGGGCGUUUGUCAUGGCAUGGCUGCUUCUGCCGGAUUGUGGAUGCUUUGCGAAGAUAUAUCCCAGAAGAGGGAGAGUCACGCUGGGUUGCUGAGGACGCUGCAGCAGACAUGGGUCGGCAGGCGCGAAAGGUGCUUGCAGAGCACAUCGAGCUGAUGUCGCAGUCGUCCCUGCUUGCGCUCUUGGCCGGCGGUGCUCCUUCCAUGCGCUCAGAUGCGAGGACUUUGGAAGGGCUUUUGCCUGCUCAGCCCAAGGAGAAGCCGGCACAGGCUCUUGCAAAUGCUCAUCAAUGGUUCAUCGGCGGUAUUGGCCUCGGACCUGGCGGCAUGCGCGACCCCGGCGGCGGAAGCCUGCAGAUGGCACUGGCCUUCCGCCGCCUACAGCUUCGGGCCCACCCCGCAGCAAACGGCUCGCAGCAAAUGCUGCUGGAUGCGAGUGUCUUCUUGGAGACUCUUCGAGCUGCAAGCCUCGCCCAAUGCGGAUGUCGCCUGCCGCGGCACGACGAUGUGGGCAGAGAGAUGACUGACCAGGAGCUGUUAUUGCUUCUGGAUAUCAAGAGUCGCAGAGACGAUGGUGCCUUGGAGACUGAGGGAUUCCUUGAUCACCCAAAAGCUCAGCGGCUUGCCGCUUAUGCACGUGCACUCGGAGAAAUUCGGACCGACCUCAAAGCGCUGCAAAAGGUUCUAUCGUUGGACAAUGCCAGGCAGCUGCUUGGACUCGGCCACAGUGCGUCGACGGAGGAGUUGGCCAAGGCCUACCGCCGGAAAGCUCGGCAGCUGCAUCCAGACAGGCAGGGCGAGACAUCCACAGGAGCCUUUCAAGCGCUCCAGGGAGCCUACGAGCUGCUUCUGUCCCACAAAGAUGGUAUCGCGAGGGCCUCUCAAGUGGACGUGGUGCCAAAGAUUGGGCCUGGUGAGACGGUGGUCCGGGGCGUGGAAUUCAUGCUUCCGAAGCGCUCCGGUGCGGAUGAGUUGGCUCUGCAGGCGGAUAUGUGCCUGCGUGCGGCCCAGGCCUUCGCAGACAUGCAGCUCUUGAUGCGGAAGCCGCCCUCGCGUGCUGCCCCCCGCGCCCAGACCAUGCCCGGCCAAAGGACGUUAGAACCAGUUCCAGAAGCUGAGUCACAUGAAGAAGAUGAAGCAGCAGAGUCAGGAACGCUGGGCCCGGGCCAGCCAGAGAGACCUGGCAGAGCCAUGUGGCGUGCCAGCAGUCGCAGCGGGCGCAGUCGGUUGGCGCUCCACUGUGCAGGCGCUGUGAACCAUACCGGGGAGGAAGCUGCGCGUGUGGGGAUGAGUGCGUCAGGAACACAAGCACAGGUCUUGCCUUUGCUGAUGGCAGUGCUGGACGUAAGCGCCACUAUGCCGGAGGAGCUCUUUGGUAACGUGACGAGGGAGGCGAAGAAGUGCCUCUCCCAGAUGAGAUCAGCCCUCGCUCUCGGAAACGAAGCGUGUGAAAUUGGCUUCAAGGCGAGCAACCAAGCCAUGGAGUACUCGGACUGCGAGGCCUUCUGGGAACCUCAGGGGGAGUCCGGCAAGACCUUGGGCGACGAGGUCAUGGAGAUGGCCAGCCAGGCCGCGUUGAACUGCGCUGCUGCAGUCAUGGUGCUCAGCGACGGCUUCGAGGCCGCGCAGCGUCUUGCUGCAUCGCUGCAGCAAGCGCUGAACGUCAGAGCAAAAACGAUGGGCGACGAGAUGCCAGAGCGCAACCGCAGGGAGGAGCCAGAGCCGGAGGGCAAGCCCACGGAGCACCUUCGGCUCCUUCGUAUCGCCGGCGAAAUCAACUCCUCGAACAAAGAGAUGCUGCAGUGGCAGGAGGAGCUCCGGGAAGCAGUGCUGUGCCGUCCGCACCUCCUGGAUCCCGUUUCCGUCUGGGAGAAGGAGGCCUUGUUCUGCAUGGCCUCGGAGGUGCUCGAGAGCCUUCAAGGGCGGCUCAGCGAGGUCAAGGUGGAUGAGGGCAUGGAGCCGCUGGAGGCCGUCUUCUCCGUAGCCUUCGCGGCUGCUGCUUUCCGCCGUGUUGCAUCUCCUCCAUCAAUAGAGGCUCGUUUGCUGCGACUGGCUGCUCUCGUUCAUGCUGCCCUCCUGCGCAAGAUGCUGGAGGAGUUCUUCAGCACCUGCUUGAGUGACCUAGGCAACAGAGGCCACCCCGCCCGAAUCGUGGAAAUCUUGCGGCGUCGUUGCAAUGCUGCCUUGGCUGAGCUCAAUUGGCUUCAGGCGGACGCCCCGGUGCAGACGCACACCGACCAGCUGGCUAUGAAGCAAUGCAAUGCUUGGGCAAUACUGGCAGUGGGUUUCGUUGGGACCUUGUCACGGGUCUGUGACGACAAGGGCAAGUGGCUCCGCAAGUUGGAGCAGAUUGACCUGGCCAAAAGCCUGACACAGCAGGCUGCCAGGCGAGCGCGGCUGCAGGCAGCUUUGCUUCUGGAGCUGCUGCAACUCCCCGAGCUCGCUCGCGCCCUGGGCCUCGCUGCCGGGCUUCGGGCGGCCCAGCGCUUCGCCAGCGCCGGCCGAAGCCACGGGGCCAGCAUGCGGCAAAUGCUUCCCAGGCUUUGCGAAGAGGUGCGUCCUCAAUUCUUCGUCGUGGGCGGGUGUUUGGCAGGGGCUGAGCUCUCAUGCGUGCAGCACUACGACCCAUCGCAGAAUGCAUGGGACAUCCGACAGCCUAUGCCUACAGAGAGGCGCUGGUGCAGCGGUGCGCAAUGCAUGGGAAAGAUCUACGUGAUCGGUGGACAGCAAGAAGGUCAUGUCCUGGGGACCGUCGAACGAUACGACGUUGAGAUGGGUUUGUGGGAGUCGGUGCCAGACAUGCCAACGCCCAGGGAGGCCUGCGGGGUUGCCUCGUGUGGCUCUUGUUUAUAUGUGUUCGGUGGUUGUCAGCACGAGGAGGCCUUGUCGAUUACAGAGCGCUUACACGUCUCCACCAGCCUUUGGUGGGAGGGCUUAGAGGAAAUGCCAUGCAGGCGUGAUGCCUGCGCAGCAGCUUCACUGGCUAAUCGACUUUUCGUAGUUGGUGGCAGGUGGCGCGAUUUUCUUUCUACUGCUGACAUGUUGCACGUGCAAUCGAACCGCUGGUCUCCGCUUCCGCCAAUGCCAACGCCGCGCCUGGGUUGCUCAGCAGCGGCUUUUGGCAAGUCAGUUUUCGUUUUCGGUGGUCACGCAGGCAGGGGCAGGGCACUGGCCACUGUCGAGCGCCUGGACAUUGCUGCUUACGUCUGGGAAAUUAUUGCUGACAUGCCAACGCCCCGACUUGGCUGUGUCAGUCUCUGCCACAACAGACCCGUGGCGAACACACUGAGCGUUUACGUCUUCGGUGGUCACAGCGGGCACGGAGCAGUAGCUACUGCAGAAUGCCUAGACGUAGCCGACAAUGGAGACGUUCUCGGUUGGAGGGUGCUACCAUUCCUGCCAACUCCAUCCUAUGCGUGUGCCGGUGGCGUCUCACUCUGCUGA